GCGCCCAGUAUAUAUAUAUGUGUAUGGAUCAGUCACGGUCCAUCCAGCGCUCGCUCGCGUUCUUUGGAACAUCUACUUCCAGCGCCCACUCUUCGUCUCUGGAACAUCUGCUUCUAGAGCCUUCUCUUCGUCUCUGGAACAUCUGCUUCUAGAGCCUUCUCUUCGUCUCUGGAACAUCUGCUUCUAGAGCCUUCUCUUCGUCUCUGGAACAUCUGCUUCUAGAGCCUUCUCUUCGUCUCUGGAACAUCUGUAUCCAGCGGCCAUUCUCGUGCCUGGAACACCUGCUUCCAGCGCCCAUUCUCGUCUCUGAAACAUCUGCUUCUAGCAGCCGCUCUUCGUCUCUGGAACAUCUGCUUCCAGCGCCUUCUCUUCGUCUUUGGAACAUCUGUAUCCAGCGGCCAUUCUCGUCCCUGGAACAUCUGCUUCCAGCGGCCAUUCUCGUGCCUGGAACACCUGCUUCCAGCGGCCACUCACGUGCCUGGAACAUCUGCUUCCAGCGGCCAUUCUCGUGCCUGGAACACCUCACGCUUCGCCUCCAGGUGUCACGCUGCAGUAAGUUGAAACUUUUCACAUUGUUUAAUAUGAUGAUCCAUGGGAGGCAGCUUCUAUUUAUAUGCAUUCAAUCUUAUUCCUAUAUAUGUCCUACGAUUGUAAUAUUCCAGCCAUCCAACCUCGAUUAUCUUACGCGGUAAUUUGUUUCAUAAAUCAGUAACCCCGUUUACAAACCAGUAUUUACCCAGGUCUUUCCUGAAUCUAAGUUUAUCCAAAUUUGUUUUACUUCUGGUUCAUGAUUUUUGUGUUUGUGUCUUGUUAUGUUUAAUAGCUUAUUAAUAUCCCUAUUAAUAAGCUAUUAAACUAGUAUAUUUCAGUCAUAUCACCCCUUUUAUGCUUUCUUAAGAAUGUUUUUCAAAUAUUCGUGAUCUGACUCCAUAAGGGAAGGUUCGGGGAGUUAUAAUUUCUUUAUUCUCUCCAUACAUAUUAACAUUUUAAUAAUGUUUAUUCUUCACUACUGUAAGUAGACCUGAACCCAUAAUAUAAACGGAACUGCUCGUUGAGUGAAUGGGGACCAACUUUAGAUUUAGUCAACUAUUGUUGGUUGUGUUCUGUGGCAGGCUACUUGACAUAGAUUGGACUCGAAAAGCAUAAUAAGGCUUCCUGUCCUCAAUAAUUCUAAACCAAUUUACAGGUAUAAUAACGCAUAUUAUCAUUAUAAAUACAAAUGUAUCACCGAUAAUUUCGUUAUUUAUUAACUACUGGGUUCCUGUUUGACAGUGAUUAGUUUUACUAAUAUAGCACAAGUGCACGGAACGCAGGGCCCGGCACUGCUCAGGAUCCAGCAUCGCUCAGGACCCAGUACCGCUCAGGGCCCAGCACUGCUCAGAAUCCAGCACCGCUGAGGGGCCCAGCACUGCUUAGGGCCCAGCACCACGCAGGGCCCAGCACCGCUGAGGGGCCCAGCAUCGCUGAGGGCACAGCACCGCUCAGGACUCAGCACCCCGGCACCGUUGAGAGCCCAGCACCGCACAGAAUGGGCGGAGACGUCACACAUCAUGUGGCGUUGCUGGCGGCGUCGCUGGUGGCGUCGUGGGCGGAGGUGCGGGUGUACAGGUCUCCUGGAGUAGGUUCCUGCGGGGACGCCCUUGAACACUACGUGAACGUCUCUCCGUCUCUCUGUGCUCUACACUGCAAUCACAACAGACAUUGUGAAGGGUACAGCUUCCUGAGUCCGCCUCCAGGAGGCCCGGGAACAGCUGGUCACUGCUACUUGCACCAGCUGGUGACCUAUCCAGAUGGUACGCCUGGUACCACCUGCUACCUGCCAGUUCCAGAGGUAACAACGGGAGGUUCGAACUCUGCCACUACCACACUUCUAGAAACCAUUACGGCACCUUUGAUGAACCUGUCCACUUCCGCGCCCUCAGAAACCACUACAUCUCCUGGGGCAAACGCAUCUACUAUCACAUCACUAACGACCGUAAUUACCAUGAGCUCGACGGGGCUGGCCAAUUUGAGCGAUGCUUCACAUGUUAAUCUCAAGUCUCAAAGCUCCUCGUGCCCGAACAACACCGGAGCUGUGGGUAUGUUCGAGAUGUACUCAGACGACUACCUCCUGUGUGCCGAACCUCCCGCCGGCCUGACCUUCACCUCCCUGGACCCGAGACAAGUGUGUGGGUCUCCCACGUACCGAAUGAAGUGCAUGACUGCAUCCUGCAGGACGAACAGCUUCAUAGUGGGCUUCAUGUCGGAUGGUACGAAUGUCUACGGGCCAUGUAGCGACGGGUUUGUGAGCCUGGUCGCCGCCGUCAGCUCAGAGUGUCAUACCAUUUCGGGGACCAUGCAGAAGGGCUCCGGCAUCGACGGCAACUGGAAGCAGUGGAGGAUUUGUGGGGGAGACGGCAGCAAGUUCUUCCUGAUGACGGGCGUGGGGGUGACCAGCAACUCGGACAACAGCUGGACCUAUGAUAACAUUACGUGUUGUCUUGUCAACUAAAUCACGCGUAGUUUGCCCUACGGCCCUCAAGGUAUAUACGGUACUUCAUAUUCUGUGCUCUAAGGACAGUAUAUAUUCUAUGUACAGGACUUAGAAAAUAUGUAAGUACUGUAUAUACAUUGUGUGCUGCCAUCAAUGGUAACAAUACGGACAUUAAUUGUUGGUUUUAAGAGCUGGUCCCAGUCAUUUAUACUCAAUUGAAUUGAACAUCAUACAUCCAGGUGUUUGACCCAGAGGGAAGAUGCCAGUGUCAUUAGACGACCAUUAACUGAUGUUAAACACCAUUCACCUUGCCUCCCCAUUAAUUCGUUCCUCGUUGAC